GGCAGAAUUCUACAAAAAAUGGAGCUUGAAUUCUUCACAAAUCUAUCAUCAGAUAUGCCAAUCAACAUCCUAAAUCUGCCAUCAGAUAUGACAAUCAACAUCCUAUCGCGGCUCUCUACCCGAGAAAUCGCAAUCAGCAAAUGCGUAUGCAAACCAUGGCUCAAUCUGAUCGAGUCCAACGACAUCGUCAAAUCCAAAAUCAAAACCGCAUCUUCCCUAGUUCAUUUCACGGCCUCAGCUCGAUGCACAAUUUUCGAAAUUGAAGAUGAAGACGAAGCCGAUUUGGAUAUCCAUGAUCUUCACUACCAUCCGCUCACUGAUUUGGUGAUCCCUCACGGAAACAGAGAAUCAAUGGAAGCUACCUAUGCUAAUGAUUGCUUCUUCUCAACCCAUCAACAACAAAAGUUAGUUUUGUGUCAACCGCCUUUACUCCAUAUCAGUUGGUGCGGUGAAUGUGGAUCUAGGCAUAAUGAACACUCGCAACACCGAACAAUGACUCGAUGGAUGAGAUCCAGGAUUGGAGAAGGCAGUGUCGGAGCUAAACGCCAAGUUCUACCAUUAAUAACAAGUUCAAUGCUAGUGUUGGAGAUUCGUGCACCACACACUAAUAUACAACAACAUGAUCUAUUGCAUGUGGAGGAUGUUCAACAUUCAUCACAACCCUUCAUGCAGGAGAUACAAGCAAUUCAUAAACUAUAGGCCUAAGUGGGAGGAUUAUUAGACCUCUUCGGAUGAUUAUUCAUCUUUUAAGUUUGAAUUCCAAUUGUUUUGUUUUUUGUUUUUUUUUUCAUUAUUUCAUUAGUUGAACUACCUUUACUUCAUAGUAUCAAGUUUUUAUCGUGUCAGACUAGUAUGUAUAUCGUGCAGUUCAUGUAUGGAAAUAAAAUUAUUUC